CCAGGGCAUGCCAUGUACUGGGUAUUGCCUGUUUAGCCCGUGCCGUGCCUGGCGCAUGACGGGCAGUGCCGCCGUGCUCGCGGGUCGGUCUAGUGGGCCCGGCUUAUUUGGCCAGCUAUAUAGAGGCAGGACGGGUUCAAUCCAUCACAGUUUUUUUUAGGCAAAUCCAUCAAACACGCGAUCCAACUCUUUCCCCUGGCACGCGGCCCCCUCCUCCCUCCGCCCCCUUCGAACCCCCAAGAGCCCCGUCUCGCACUCUCCCUCAAAAAACAAAAAAACAAAAACAAAAGCCCCGUCUCGCCCCUCUCCUCUUCCCCGAUCCCCACUCCACCACGGCACCAUCUCGGCCGCGCCGACGACAGCUCACCAGCAGCAGCAGCCAUGGGCGCGUCCUCCUCCACCGCCAACGCCUCCGCGGAGAGGCGCGCGAUCUGCGGGAGCAGGAGGCCCUCGCCUCCGCCUCUCUCUCCCUCCCGCUCCUCCGCGCCGUCUUCUCCCGCUCCUCCGACCUGGCGGAGAUCCCCUACCCGCCGGAGCACUUCCACGACCUCCUCGCUCGGUGGCCUCCGGCCGGCGAGUGGCGCGGGUCAAGGGGUGCCGGACCCAAGUGAGGCUCAUGCCUCCCAGCGUCGUCAGUAUCUAGCUUUAUGACUGGAGUCGUUGUCGGAGAAAGCUAUUCAAUACUACUACUCACAAUAACAGGCUGCUGUCAAGUGUGAGCAGAGUUCAUCCCACAGAAUGCCGAGUCUAUGUCCAGAGGAGAAAACCAUGCAAUCCAAGUUGUUGUCAUGUGUGAACCUGCGAUGAUCAAUCACGACUAAAACUGUUGAGGGGUCGUUGUCUUGCAUUUUAGGAUUUGAAAAUUGAUCAUGUGUGUAUGCAAGGCAAUGCUUUAGUCGCUCUCUAGGCUGCAGGAGAACAAAUUUGUUUACUCUCUCAAGGUAUGCAUUGACUAUUUCCACAAGCUCACCAAGUCAGGGUCUUCCACUCUUCCUUACUUAAGAAGAGAGUACUCUAUGGUUGCUGCUCAUAGCUUGGCUAGCCAGCACUGUCCAUGGCCAUGGCAUUUCGCCUCAUUAUACUCGCGCUAGUACCGCUGCUGGCCACCGUGCUCGCUGCUCCUUCCCUUCCUAGCAGCAAUGACACUGACCUCGACGCGCUGCUUGCGUUCAAGGGGCAGCUGUCCGACCCACUUGGCGUCCUCCGCAACAGCUGGACCACCAAUGCGUCGUUCUGCCGCUGGGUCGGCGUGUCAUGCGGCCGGCGCCAACGCCAUCGCGUCACCGCCCUGGAGUUGCCAGGCGUGCCCCUCCAUGGUCAGCUCGCCCCUCACCUUGGAAACCUCUCCUUCCUCUCUGUUCUCAACCUCACCAGCUCCAACCUCGUCGGCUCCAUCCCCGCCGACCUCGGCCGGCUGCGUCGCCUUAGGCGGCUCAAUCUUGCACACAACAGCUUGUCUCAGUCCAUUCCAUCUACCUUUGGGAACCUUACAGGUCUCCAAGUUCUUGAUGUGGGCGGCAACAUGCUGUCUGGUCAAAUCCCAAUGGAGAUGCAAGGAUUGCGCAACCUUGCCUACAUAGCUCUGCAUGCCAACUACUUGAGUGGUCCGAUACCUGCUCAUCUGUUCAACAACACACCUCUGCUAAGCUAUGUCUCCUUUGGGAACAACAGUCUGUCUGGGUCGAUACCUGACAGCGUCGGCUCCUUGCCCAUGCUUGAUUUCCUUGGCCUGCAGCGAAACCAGCUCUCUGGACCAGUUCCCUCGGCCAUUUUCAAUAUGUCUAGACUUAGGAUGCUGUAUAUGGCCAGUAACAAUCUGACUGGCCCUGUUCCUGGCAGCAAUGGCAGCCUUAGUCUCCCCAUGUUGCAAGUAAUAUCCCUCUCUCAGAACUACUUCACAGGUCCGAUUCCUUCAGGCCUUGCUUCGUGCAAGAACAUCAGGAUCAUCUCUCUGUCUCAGAAUUUCUUUACGGGUCCUGUGCCGGCAUGGCUGGGUGAGCUGCCGUUCCUUACCGGCCUUUUAGCUGGGGGGAACGAACUUGUUGGACAAAUCCCUCGUGUUCUUGGGAAUCUUACCAUGCUCACCAGGCUUGACCUCUCAUUCUGCAAGCUCAAUGGAGAGAUCCCAAUUGAAUUGAGCAAGUUGACACAGCUCAAUAUUUUGGAGCUUUCAUCUAAUGGACUCACAGGUUCUUUUCCUGCUUUUCUUGGCAACUUGACAUCAUUAACCGCAAUAGGGUUGGCCCUCAAUCUACUGACCGGGUCAGUACCAGCAACACUUGGGAAUAUGAGAUCACUACAACUCCUCGAUCUUGGAUCAAACCGCUUCCAAGGGGAGCUUGGCUUCUUGGAUGGUCUCUCGAAUUGCAGGGAGCUCCGUCUCAUAAAUUUGCAGGUGAAUGAUUUCAGUGGAGGCCUUCCUGACUAUACUGGAAACCUCUCCAAGAAGCUUGUGAUUUUUGAUGCAACUGGCAACAAGUUGACAGGAGGAAUUCCAUCGACAAUAUCAAAUCUAAGUGGUGUCAGCUCGUUGAUCCUUAUGAACAACCAACUAAGCCAGUCGAUCCCAGAAUCCAUCACGACUAUGGAGAACCUUGAGAGGAUUGACAUCUCAGGGAAUAGCUUUGUUGGUCCCAUCCCGGCGCGAAUUGGUAUGCUCAAGAGACUGGUACAAUUAUUUCUCUACAACAACAAAUUCUCUGGUUCUAUACCAGAUGGCCUUGGUAAUCUCACUUUGUUGGAAUACAUUUCCUUGUCUUAUAACAAUCUGUCCUCACAUGUGCCAGCAAGCUUGUUUCUUCUUAAUAACCUUGUUGAACUGAAUCUGUCCCAUAACUCGCUGACUGGUGCAUUACCUUUUGAUCUCGGCCACAUGAAGCAGAUUAACAAAGUAGAUCUCUCCAACAACAACUUGGUUGGCAGCCUUCCAGAUUCCUUUGGACAGCUCCGGAUGCUAACUUACCUAAGCCUGUCUCACAACUCAUUUCAAAAUUCUAUUCCAUACAGUUUUCGCAAUUUAAUUAGCUUAGGAACACUGGACCUAUCUUCCAACAACUUCUCGGGUACCAUCCCAAAGUACUUGUCAAACUUAACCUACCUGACAAGCCUGAACCUGUCCUUCAAUGAGUUACAAGGUUCAAUACCAGAUGAAGGUGUUUUCAGAAACAUCACCUUGCAAUCUCUGAUAGGAAACUUUGGUCUGUGCGGUGCUCCCCGUUUAGGGUUUUUGCCAUGCCUGGAUACCUCUCACUCUGAUAAUAAUGGACAUUUACUAAAAAUCCUACUACCUUCUUUUGCUUUAACAUUGGCGGCUAUAGCUAUUUGCUUAUACCUGCUGAUAAGAAGGAACAGUCUGAAGCAGGGAGAGGUAACACCUGCUGCUGAUGGAGUUGAUCCAAUCAGCCAUAGGUUAGUGUCCUACCAUGAGGUUGCUCGUGCCACUGAAAAUUUCAAUGAGGACAACCUACUUGGAGUUGGAAGUUUCGGAAAAGUUUUCAAGGGCCAACUGGACGAUGGUUUGGUGGUGGCGAUAAAAGUGCUCAACAUGCAAUUCGAGCAGGCCGUGAGGAGCUUUGAUGCUGAAUGUCAAGUGUUGCGGAUGGCCCGGCAUCGCAACUUGAUACGGAUAUUGAAUACCUGUUCCAACCUGGAUUUUAGAGCACUGCUGCUUCAGUACAUGCCCAAUGGUAGCUUGGAGACGCACUUGCACACUGAAAAUAGUGAACCACUAGGAUUCAUCAAGAGACUGGACAUUAUGCUUGGCGUGUCGGAGGCAAUGGAGUACCUGCACCAUCAUCACUGUCAGGUUGUCCUACACCGCGACCUGAAGCCUAGCAAUGUGCUGUUUGAUGAGGACAUGACGGCGCAUGUUGCCGACUUUGGCAUUGCGAAGUUAUUAGGCGAUGACACCUCCAUGGUCUCAGCGAGUAUGGCAGGGACGAUUGGGUACAUGGCCCCAGAGCUUGCGUACAUGGGGAAGGCGUCACGGAAGAGCGACGUGUUCAGCUUUGGGAUCAUGCUGCUCGAAGUCUUCACCGGCAAGAGGCCCACAAACCCCAUGUUCCUUGGAGAAUCCAGCCUCAGGCAGUGGGUUUCGCGAGCAUUCCCAGCAAGGCUCGUCGAUGUUGUUGACGAGAAGCUGCUGCAAGGUGAAGAGAUGAAUACUACUACAUCGGCAUUGGCUUCCACUGCCUGCAAGGGCGACUUUCUUGUGUCGACAUUCGAGCUGGGUCUGGACUGUUCGGCCGACUCUAACGAGCAGAGGCCGAGCAUGAGCGAUGUGGUCGCUAGGCUGAGGAACAUCAAGAAGGAUUGCUCUGCUUCCGUGGCAGCGAAGAAAGGGUCUCAGCAGCAUUGAUCGGUCUGUGUGGUGAUGUGUUUUGUUCUCCUUGUUAGUGUUAGCAAAUGGAGCAUGAUGCUGUGUGUCUUCAGUCAAUUGUACCUACCCAGGUAGCGGAGUUGUAACCUGAUGGUGGUCAUCUGGACCUGCCACUGCUGUAAUAUUAUCACCAUCUAAAGCUGCAGCAAGAAAUACAAAUCACUGUAAGAAAUACUAGUACCAUUCAUGAGACCGAAGGCAGUACAGAACAUCAA